AUCCAUCCAUCAAAGCAUCGACACUGCUCAAGAACACAAGCAGCUCAGUCAACCUCACCUUGGUUUCCUGCUUUUGUAUAAUUUGAACAAAUCUCCGCUCAUACAAAUCUCGAGUCGACAAUCAAUCGUCGAAGUGAUAAUGGCUGCCACGAAUAAUCCCAGUGCUGAUAUCAACCUUUCCAAGGACGAUCCCAAGCCCAAGCCCCCAUGGCCCACGGACCCCAUACCGGGAAAGUAAUUUCCGAAUCCUUUGCCUUACAUUGAGGGGCCUGCAUCGGUGUACAGUGCUGAGAAGCUGCGGCGAGGCACGGAGAAAGAGUGUACGCAUAGGAGAGAGAAACAAGGAGAACAGGAAUGCGUACGCUAGCGGCAGCAAUCUGGAAAACGGGCGGGUGGCCUGAUUCGUGCCUUAUUUCGAAUUAUAUGCUUUAGAAAUUAGACAAAAAACUACGGUACCAUUACUAUC